UCACAGUUUCAUUGACUUGUCCUUUCUGCAGAACACUGCACAUGACCCUUGACUUUUUUAGUCGCGUCUGUCUCGUGGUUGGCAGCAUGGCAUCUUCAGCUAAAAAGCGAGCUGUUGGAGUUGGUGAGAAUCCCGAUAACAGGGAAGAUGAGAGCUCGAGUGAAGGGUCACAGAAUGAUAGCGAUUCUGGAGAAGAGGACAGCAAUGACUCUGAUGAAGAGAUUAAUGAGGAGGUCACUGUCGAUUUCGAGGCGCAUACCAUCUCCGACAACGAUCACAAUGGGAUUAAGAAACUGUUGCAACAGCUGUUCUUGAAAGCCCAUGUAAAUAUGUCAGAAUUGACAGACAUCAUCAUCCAGCAGAAUCACAUUGGAAGUGUGAUCAGGCAAGCCGAGGUACCAGAGGACAGUGACGAGGAGGAUCCGGACGAAGUCUUUGGGUUCAUAAGCCUGCUGAACCUAACGGAGAGAAAGGGAGUCCAGUGCGUGGAGCAGGUGAAAGACCUGAUCCUGAGCCAGUGUGCGAAGUGCUGCCCACACAGCGUGGCAGAGCAACUGGAGAAGACACUGAACGACACCAGCAAGCCUGUGGGACUGCUCCUGAGUGAGCGCUUCAUCAAUGUGCCCCCCCAGAUCGCUCUGCCCCUGCACAAACAGCUCCUGGAGGAGAUGGCGGAGGCCCAGAGGACCAACAAGCCCAGCGGGAGGUGCCACUACUGCCUCAUGAUCUGCAAGACCUGCAAGGAGGCCAAGAGGACCGUCCCGGGGAGGGGAGCGCCCCCGAACGAGGAGCUGAUGUUCGCCAACGCGGAGGAGGAGUUUUUUUACGAGCAAGCCGUGGUAAAAUUCAACUACUCCGUUCAAGAGGAAGCAGACUCCUGCCUGGCCGGACGGUGGUCCUUCGACGACGUCCCGAUGAAACCGUACCGCACGGUCGUGCUCAUCCCUAUGGACCGGAUGGGCGCGAUUAUGGACAAACUCAAAGAAUACUUGACCGUGUGAAUGGGAAGCAUUGCUCACCUGUUUAGGGUUUGAGCACUUUUCAUGACCACCAUUUUGUGGAUACCCUCGGGUUACUGUGUAAACCAAGGAGAAGUGUUGGGACAUUGUCUUGUAGCUUACAGAGCCUUAUCCUUAAUGUUGGGUAACACAUUUAUCCUAGACAGAGGGUGAGGUAAUUAAAAGAAUUUAAUGUUUUCAUUUUAAGCUAUAGUUAAGGGAAAAGGCACUAUGCAAGUUGGAUUGAAGGUCUCCCUUGGGAAAGUAUCCUGUAACCGAUCUUUUGAGUAAGUCAUUCAAAAAUAUUUGUACUCCGAAUCAAGAAAUGAUAUGGCACAUGUCAACAUAUGUAAUGUAUGGAAUGUGUUAUUAAAAUACAUUUGUGGUAAUGGAA